UGUUGUUAAAAUUUGUUUAAAGAAGUGAUACUACAGCUUUAAUUUAAUUAAAUUGUCAAUGCGUGUUUACAGAGUAUCAACGUUUACAGGGUUACAUAUCAAUGUGUGCAGCAAGAAUAUUUGAUAGCAUCAUAAUAUGUUUUAAACUUUUAGUGGAUUAAUUUAAAGCGCGUGUCAACAAAUUAUGUUUUUGGAAUUGUGUGGUGGAUCUAUAAUGUUAACAUUUACUGAAACGUAUAUAGUCUAACAUUUAGAAUCAUUUCAGAUGAAGAUUUAUCGUGGUACAAAAUUUGGAAAUAUAUAAUACGUGAGUUCUUAUUUAAGUGACGCGGAGAAUAAUCUUGCAGGCCUUUUGAGAAGUUAUAAGCCAAGCAAUGAGCGCUAAGCGGUCUGGAAAGAAGCUAAAGGCGCGCGUGAGUUUCGCGGAGGAGGACACAGAGGAGAAGCCGCGCACGCAGAAGGACGCCAUGUUGGCGGAGUUGGAUCGCCUCAGGCGCCGGGACGAGGAGCAACGGCGCUCGCAAGAGGAGUACCGGAAAGAGGAAAUCCGUAAGGUGCGCGCGCAGAUGGACAAGGAGCAACAUGAACUGGGUCUGCAGUUGAUCCCUGGUUCUCGGUUGAGCAAACAGGAAAUCAUGAAGAAACUGGGACUGGAGGAGAAAUGUCUGCUCAAGGAAGAACGCACACAAAUUGCCGCCGAGACAUCUCAGAUGGUCAAUAACACUGCCAUGAGGUACGGCCUGCACCACAAAAAGAAAGCACCCAACCUGGUCACAUUGGCAGCGGACUUCGUGGCCGCCCAGAAGUCAUCCAACGUCCUAGGACUUCCGGAUCGCGUCGUCAAGGAGAUGACUUUGGAUGAAAUUAUUGACCUCAAGAAACUGUUUGACCUUUAUGACGUUGCCGGCGCAGGAUAUAUUCGACGGAAAGACGUUCAUAAAUUGUCGUCAAUUCUUGGCUUUCGAUUCUCCAAACAAUACUUCAACGAGUCACUAGACACCCUGGUGAAGGAUCCCGCGGGCAAGGUGACCUUUGUGACCUUUCUAGACUUCAUCAUCAAGGAGCAGCAGGGAAACGACCCGUUUGAAGAAGUACAGCAGUGCUUUCGGAUUCUGGACGCAGACGACAAAGGUUACGUGACAUUCGAAGACAUCCGCAGAGCGGCAGAUAGCACAAAGUGCGGCCUGUCGGAGCGGCAGAUCCACGAAAUGUUGGACGAGGCCGACACUUCCGGUGAUGGGAAAAUCAGCCUGGACGAGUUCACUAUUAUUAUGUUGCGGACUAGUGCGUUUAAUUUUUAGGCUAGACCAGAGAGAUAUUAAUAGACGGAUCCAGUGGAGUCUGUUAGCGUUGCAAAUUACAAAAAGUUCACUAGUAAUAAAAAGGAAUUUGAAAAAUCUGUAAUAUAAUGUUAAUUUUAAAUCUGGAAAAAUUCACAAUAAUUUUGAGUACAAUUAUCAAAAUAUAGCGACGUUUUGUAGAUCAACACAGUUUCAAAAUAUACAUUUGAAGCGUUUUUGAGUUAAGAGAUCACCAAAGAUCUGCGAGUGUCGAGUUGUAUUGGCUAGACAACUAUCCGUUAAUAAAACGCAUCUGAGACUUUUUAUAUGUUAGCCGCGUCAUGCGAAAAUGUAUCUCAUGCCAUAUACGACCAGUGUAGCUCCACAUCAGUAUGCGCAUCCGACUUUAUUUCCUCUAGCUCUAGAGUUUUCAUCGAAUCUUCAUUACACUCUUGGAAUGUUUGCUGACAUAAAAUGUACGAUAGCAAGCCUAUUCGUCUCAGGCACAAAAGAGUGAUUAGCCUUUAAAUAUAUACAUAAAAUUGCAAAAUUCUCCGUUUCCACUCACUUACUCGGUCCAUUUCCGU